GCAGUAUAGAUAAAGUGUGUGAAUGAGAGAAAAAUGAAUAUUGUCGGCACCAUAACGUCGGGACGUUUUUUCCCAUACCAACUGCCCAUAUAGGAGUAUUACAUAUAUAUGAAUGUAUAUAAUCUUUGUAUGAAUGUAUCCUAGUAUUCCAUAGAUAAUGGAGUACCCCCUCAUAAGAUUUGGCAAUGUCAAUCUGUAACAUUAAAUCGAGGUCUAGUUUCGAUUCUCCCAGCGAUAUUUCGAUUAUUACUAGUUUGUUUGGAACAGUCCUCUAGGGAUAAAGUCCAAGUUUUAUUUCAAGUUUAUUUUUUUAGAAUUAUAGUUGUUUCAGAUUUUUAUUAUAGUUAAUAUCUGUAAAUAAAAUGGCUCGUGUUUUAGUAGGAAUAAAAAGAGUUAUUGAUUAUGCUGUAAAAGUUCGUGUAAAACCUGAUAAAACGGGUGUCGUAACAGAUGGUGUGAAACAUUCCAUGAAUCCUUUUGAUGAAAUAGCAGUAGAGGAAGCCGUUCGAUUGAAAGAAAAAAAAUUAGCUUCAGAAAUUAUUGCUGUGUCCUGUGGGCCUUUACAGUCUCAAGAAGUACUUAGAACUGCUUUAGCUAUGGGGGUGGAUAAGGGUAUUCAUGUUGAAAUAUCUGGAGCAGAAUAUGAGACUUUACAGCCUAUUCAUGUGUCAAAGAUUCUUGCAAAAAUUGCUCAAAAUGAAAAAGCUGAUUUAAUAAUUGUUGGAAAACAGGCUAUUGAUGAUGAUAGUAACCAAACAGCUCAAAUGACAGCAGCAAUUUUAGAUUGGCCACAAGCUACAUUUGCAUCCAAAAUAGAGAAAGGAGAUGCAGAGAUUUCUGUAACUAGAGAAAUUGAUGGCGGUUUAGAAAAUAUUAAAUGUAAAAUUCCAGCUGUGAUUAGUGCAGACUUACGUCUAAAUGAACCAAGAUAUGCUACUCUGCCUAAUAUUAUGAAAGCUAAGAAAAAACCGCUUCAAAAAUUGACGCCUAAAGAUUUGGGAAUAGAUGUGUCGCCAAGAAUCCAAAUUCUAAGUGUAGAAGAUCCUCCUACCCGUCAAGCUGGAGCUAUUCUUCCAGAUGUAGAUGCGUUAGUUGGAAAAUUAAAGGAGGGAGGUCAUAUUUAAUUUAAAAUGAACAAUCUCAUUAGUUUCAUUUAAAACUGAAGAAAACAAUUUUCUACUCAAAAAAUAUGUACAGAUUUUAGAAUAUUUUUCUAUGUCAUUUUGUUACAUAGUUGAAGUAAAAAUAUAAUUAUAGAAAAAAGUUUUCUUGG